AUGGAUGCCGAGUUAAAGCAAACUUUGGAUACCGUGCUGCCGCAGCAUUCGAAUACGUCGGCAUCUCUUAUCAAAGCACACGAAACAUUCGAAAAAUCCGUCCUUGUGUCUCCAAAAGAAGCCUCUGGAUGUUACAUGAUCGUACCCGGUCACAUGUGCCUCUCCGGGGCUGGAUCCUUUAUUCCUCCUGGGCCUGGGACAGAGAAAUACUUUACUAUGGGCAUUCAUCUGGCACAUCCCUUAUCUCGUGGUUCGGUACAUAUCAAGUCGUCCUCAACGCCACUUUCCUCAUCAGACAUCUCUAUUGAUCCAAACUUCUUUUCACAUCUCCUUGAUGUUGAGAUACUUGCCAGACAUGUUCAGCUGGCUGAGAAGAUUGCCAUGACCGAGCCUCUCUCGCAUCAUUUAAAACCUGACGGAAAACGCAGCCCGAGUAUGCCAAAACUUGGAGGAUUUGCAGACAUUACGAUUGCCAAGAACUAUGUCUUAGAGAGGGCUGCAGGUGCCCACCACUGGACAGGCUCAUGUGCUAUGAUACCUCGGGAGCUUGGUGGUGUGGUUGAUCCACAGCUCCGAGUUUUCGGUUGUGUCAAUCUUCGUGUCUGCGAUGCAAGUAUUAUGCCCAUCUCACCUCGAUCAAAUCCUCAAGGCGUUGUUUACGCCAUUGCAGAACAUGCUGCAGAGAUAAUUUUAUCGACUUUACAGUAA